AAAAAGACAAGCAAAGAUGGACUUUUAUCAAAAAUAUGGAUUUCCUGGUGCGAUUUUAUGUGUAGACGGAACACACAUUAAAAUUGUUGCGCCAGCUAAGGACAAAUUCCUGUAUUUUAAUCGUAAAGGGUACUAUAGCAUCAAUGCUAUGAUUAUAUGCGAUAAUAAAAUGAGAAUUCGCUACGUGAAUGCGCAGUAUCCUGGCAGCAACCACGAUGCUCAUAUUUGGAACGUAAGCAGCGCGCGAAAUUUUUUUGAAAAUAAAUACCUAAACGGCGAACGAAACACUUGGCUUUUGGGAGACGCUGGAUAUGCUCUAGAGCCAUGGUUAAUGACACCUUUUCGUUCACCUACAACAGGAAGCGUCGAAGGAAACUACAAUAAAAUACAUGCAAAAGCCAGAAAUACUAUAGAAAGGGCCAUAGGUGUAUUUAAGAACCGAUUCAGAUGCCUUCUGGGUGCUCGUGAGCUUUAUUAUGAACCCAUGAAGGUUUGCCAAAUAGUAAACGUUGCCGCAGCAUUGCACAAUAUUUGUAUCCAUUAUCGCGUGGUUGAUGAUUUUUCAGAAAAUGUUGAAGAAAACUAUUUUAAUCAAACGUAUGAACCUUCUCCUUCAACAUAUACUGAUGUAGCUAUUCGGAUAAGGGAAUCUAUAUCUUCAACAUUAACACGACUGUAA